CAGAAAAGAUGGGGGCGGAGUGGGGGGUGGGGUGUCCUGUUAACUUCCACAGGGAGUGGAUUUGAGGUGGAGGGAGCAGGCUGUCGCAAGAGGUCAGCCCCUCACCCCACCUGCCUAGUUGCGGCUCUGGGGGUGAGUGGGGAGGCGUUGCCCCUUCCUCUGAAGAAGUGACUCCCCUCCCCUAAAAUGUCGGCACCUCUAAGAAGUUAGGCACUGCUGGGUAGAUGGAGAACUGUGAGGAAGAAUGGCCAGAAGGCCAGUGCUCCCUGGAGGCCUCCGGUGACAUUCAGGCUGAGACUGGAACUGUGGAAGAGUGCACCAUACUCUACUCGGAUGCUGAGGAUGAUCAUUCGCUCUUGACAGACAAUGGUGGCGGUGCCCGGGCCCCAUUCCACUGUUCCGAGUGUGACAAGAGCUUCCGCUACCGCUCGGAUCUGCGGCGCCAUUUUGCUCGACACACCGAGCUGAAGCCUUUCCAGUGCCCUCACUGUGUCAAGAGCUUCAAGCAUUCAUUUAACCUCGUGAAUCACAUCCGGAGCCACACUGGGGAGCGCCCCUACCGCUGCACCAUGUGCCCAAAAGGUUUCCGGGACUCGACGGGCCUCCUCCACCACCAGGUGGUGCACACUGGGGAGAAGCCCUACUGCUGCCAUGUCUGUGAACUCCGCUUCUCCUCCCGUAGCAGCUUGGGCCGCCACCUCAAGCGACAGCACCGCGCUUCUCCCGCUGCCUCAGCCCCUCAAACCCCUGCCCCUCGCUGCCUAGCUUGUGGUAAAGAGCAAAGUCCUCUGGGGCACCUCUGCAGUGCUGGGCGGGGCCGGGCUGCCCCUUUUGGCUGUGGGGCCUGCGGACGGCAUUUCCAGCUGGCGUCAGAACUGCGCCGUCAUUGGCUGGCCCAUACUGACAUCAAGCCUUUCAAAUGCCCAGAAUGCGAAAGGGAUUUUAAUGCUGCAUCUCUGUUGGAGCGCCACAAGCUCACUCAUGCUAAGGACCGGCCCCCACCAUGUCCAGUUUGCGCUGAGAAGGCCCAGCAGGGUGACGGGGUGCCAGAGUCGCCAUGCCUGGAAGAAGAGCAAAAGGAGGGGGAGCAGGAAGGAGAUGCCCAGCAGCAUAGCCGGAACUGCCCAAAUGGCCAACCUCCAGAUGCUCGCCCCCCAGAGACUCUGUAUCAGUGUGAGUGUGGGACCUUUUUUGCCAAUGGCAACACCCUUGCUGCUCACUUGACCGCCCACGGAGGAGAGCCUUCCUUUACUUGUGGCAUCUGUGGCCAACCCUUUGUGAACUUGCAGGCCCUGGAGGAGCAUCAGCUGAGCCACGCUGUUUCUUCUUCACCUGUGCCAGGCCCAGGAAGUGAGCUGGAACGCCACCUUUUGCCCCAGCUGGAUCUCCGGACAUUUCCAGCCCGUCCUGGCAAGAAACUCUACAAGUGCAGCGAGUGUGAGAAGUACUUCCGCAGCCCCCGAGAUCUAGACCGUCACGUGUUGGUGCACACUGGGGAGAAACCCUACCAGUGCACUGAGUGUGGCAAAUUCUUCCGGCAUGAGUGCUACCUGAAGCGGCACCGGCUGCUGCAUAGCGGCGAGCGCCCUUUCAAGUGCACUGUCUGCCACAAAGGCUUCAUCACGUUAAGCAACCUCUCCCGCCAUCUCAAGCUGCACCGCGGGAUUGACUAGCAAGGGGGAACCCACAUCUCCGUAUAAUAAAGGUGCCCCUCUCCCAGCACUGUUUUCCUCUACCUCCACCCCACCAUGACAGCCAGAGGUUGAUCUGGUCUGGAAGAUGAGGCUAGAAAUUGAUUGGACCUCAGUCUUCCUCUUAGUCCACUCAUUUAGGGCAAGGACUUGCAACUUUGAAUUGAAUUUAUGAAAAAGUAUUAUGAUGAUGAAUAUGAUUAUUAUUUACUAAUGUUCCACUACUGUUAAUAGAGUGUUGCACAUAUUCAGCAGUUAUAAUGUCUUGGGAGUGGGCUAGGACUACCCAGGUAGGUGUAUUUGGAUCAGUAGUAAGGCAUCCUGGUUUCAAACCCAUACUAUUUCAAGGCAGAAUGGAGUUGUACCAGGAAAUGCAUCCUUUAAGCUAUGCCUGUUGCUUCCAGAAGGUAUCUAUAUUUAAAUGCACCUAACUGCUGAAAUGACUUUUUCCCAAAUAGCUGUAAUUCAAAAAUAGAAAACUUCGGAGACUUUAGGGGCCAUUUCCCACCAGCCAGGUUUCACCAAUGGGCGCAUCAACUCUUCCAGUGGAAACAGAAGUGACUGGUCCCUGUUUUCUUUUUCUUUUUAAUCAUUUGGGAGGUGGGCUAAAACAAGAUGCAGAGGCAUACCUUGUUUAAUGGAGCCACAAUCCUUCCUUUUUUACAAAAAGAAAUCAAAGAUGAGGGGAGUGAUAGGCCCAUCAACUAUACCAUUCCCACCUCUUCUGUAACUGCUCAGUAGUUUCCAGGUAUGAGCCAGUUUUCCCAGUGAUCAUGUAAGAUUCCAGACAAUAUGAGGCUAGCCACAGAACUAGGACACCUAUUGCCAACUCAACACUUUCUGGUUGUUAGCAUGGAGGAACUCGGCAUCCUUUGCUUGGGAAAACUUCGACCAUUCAGAUGUUUUGGCUCAUUGGCUGCAUUCAACACCCAGUUUUAAGGAAUUUUGGUAAUUGUAUUUUGCAGAACACUUCUGUCCUUUUUCUUCAGUCUUUCUGUUACUGAACAAAAGUGACCUUGGCUAUAUGAGCUUUCUGCCUUUCCCUCCAAACCAAAAGGCACACUGUCACAAAAAGCAAUGGGUGUAGUGGUUAGGGCUUUUGCUGUCCAAUGGGCUACUCCUAUUCUGUGGGAGGGGGUAAAUUAAAUAUAAGAGAAACUGUUUCCCAUAGCUUAUUCAGGACAAGCUGGGACAAUGAAGCUACUUUAAAAUCCAAUUAAACGUAGCAUUAUACCUGUUAUUUAUAGGGAGCCACACGAUUUAGAAAACUGUGUUCGAUAACAUAAUAGUCCUAUUCCUAAAGGUGAAAAAAAGAGAUUAUCUCUUAAAACACAUACACACAAAAUUGUGUUAAAAAUCACAAGAUUUAAUUACAAAAGGGGAGACAUUUCUAGUUGUUUUGUGGUUUCUUAGCAUUGGUUUAAAGGCUAUAGUUUUAUUUCCAGUAAUUUUCUUUGCAGUCAUGAGGAUUAGCAAUUUAAUUUUUUCAAAAAAAAAAAAAAAGGUUCUGCAGUCAUGUUUGGCUGAUGACAAGGUAGAACAACACAUUGCCUUGAAGACAAUGUGCUAUUGCAGGUUGCUUUGCAGGCAGGUCAAUCUGAGGUUAAGAAAGGUCUUGCACGGCUUUUAUCUGUAGGCUUUUUAAUACUGUUAAACACUUGAUAUAAGAGGAGGGUUGUUUUCUUGACCUGAUACUUGUUUUGAUGCUGCUUCCUUUCCUCUGACCUCUUAUUACAACACUUUUUUCCUCUCUUUUUAAAAAUUGUCAAGCAGAAGUAUGUUUGUUUUGAGCAUAUUUACAAUUUAUUUCUAAAAACUGGUUGAAUCUUAAAAGAAUUUAUUUGGAUGUUAAGACUAAGCACUAGAAUAAGUUUGAUAAGGCAACACUGAAGAAUGUAUUUCAGCGCCUGGAAAUAUCAAACCCAUUUCUCUGUCAAGCCUGACUGUCUGGGAUCUGGAGUAGGAAUUGCAGGAGAGGUUUUUCUGUUGGCCUAAGUUUAUGUGUCCAUGUUUCCAAGUUCAUGCAGGAUUAGCAACAUCUCAGGAAGAUUUAUGUCGUUUGAGAGCACAAAAACUACACAUUGUCAUAUAAGCAACCAGGGAAGAAACUGAAAAAAAAAUUGCAUGUUUUAUGAGAAAAAUUAGCAUGUGAUGGUGAUGAGUUUUUCAGAUCCACACAUGGAAAAGAAAAACAGUCCUGUUGACCUUGCUUCAUUCUCCAUUGCCUGUUGAUGCUAUCCUGAUGGACAGAUUGGUUCUGAUAUGCUCUAUUAAUUUAGGUAUUGGUAAAGAGAUCUGCUUUCCCUCCUCCCUGCCCUGAAAUUAUUUACUGGCAAAUAGAAGAGUCUUAUUCUCCUUUUGUUUUGUUUUGUUUAAACCCUUCAUAGGUCCUUGAAAUAAUCUAAUAAAAGUAUGUUCCUGA